AUGGGUGUUUCAAAUCCAACCGACACCAUGGAUCGCAUCGAGUGUUCCGCAAUCUAUAUCGAUCACCGCGUCAGGUCAGAACGAUGGGUGUGUCAAGGUGCGCCCGACGCAUCAGCUGGCUCGGAUUUGGAUAAGAUGGUUCUCGAGGAACCGGAGUCGCUUAUGUCGGACGUGGAGGUUCUGUUAGGAGUCUGUAAACGCAUCUUUCUCUGUCAAGCCGGAACGUCCAUCGCCACAAAACUCGCCGAGCUGAGCGACGGCGCUCAUAGCCACUGCACACCUAUAUUUGUCUUCUUCGACGUCGAUAUCCACGGCGAAGAAUCGGCAUUGCAUCGUCGCAGAGCCAGUCGUGGCUCGUGGGCGGACGUAUCGCCCCCGUCGCCGGCAUCGCUGCGUCGCGGAUUCACAUUUUCGUCACAAUGGGAGGGGGCUUACGACCUGAAGUUGCUUUCGGGGCUGUCGGCCGAUAUCCAAGUCCAAGAAUGCCCCAAUGUGAUUAUCCCUGUCGCCGUCUUGCGUCCCCCGUUCGAUCCCACUAGCGCCUCUCCUGACGAACAGCCCCGUAUCCCGUCUCUCCCGGGGCCCAUACACAUCUCCAAGUGCCUCGAUGCGGGUGCUGUGGACGUUCUCGUAACACCGCUCGACAGCUGUAGAGCACAAGCUCUGGUGAUCCAAGCCUAUCGGACUCGUAAAACGGCUCUCCGGGAGCAAUCGCGCUUUCUCUCGAGGAAGAAACUGCGGAAGCACUCGUGGGUGGGCGUUCAUGACGAGCAGCCGUACGCUUAUCUCAGGGAAGCCAUGGUUUCCAAGCUCAUGAAAGGCAUCUGCAACCCCGAAGAGGUCAUUGAAGAAUUCCAGGAUCGGGAACUCAAUGUUCGUCCAGAGCGCGUGGACCUGGUGAACGACCGGAUUGGAAAAUGGGGCUUUACCGCCCAUGAGUUCUCGGACGACGAGUUGGUCCUGGCGGCGUUUGAAAUGCUCCAGCAUGCUUUGAGUGUCCCGGGGCUUGAGCAGUGGCAAUUGACUCCAGGUGAACUCCGGACAUUCCUCCUCGCUUGUCGCGCAUCAUACAAUUCCUUUGUCCUCUACCACAACUUCCGACAUGCCAUCGAUGUGCUGCAGUCCGUCUUCUGCUUCCUGCUGCAUAUCGGCGCUCUCCCUCCCCGCGGGCCUGUUGGCGUAUCGACCGGCAACCACUCCCCGAUCGCCACCCUCCUCUCACCGUUCGAUACGCUUACCUUACUGAUAUCUGCGAUUGGCCACGAUGUCGGCCACCCUGGCGUGAACAACUUCUUCCUGGUCAAGCUGAAUGCGCCCCUGGCCCAACUGUACAACGACAACUCGGUCCUGGAGGCGUUCCAUUGCGCCGCCUUUUCUCAGAUUCUGCGCCGCUACUGGCCGGCCGCGUUCAAAGACCGACAACUCCGCAAGCUCCUGAUCAGCUCCAUUCUGGCCACGGACAUGGGUGUGCAUCAGAAGUUCAUGGAAAGACUGGGGUCCCUGCAGGAGAAAUUCCACGAAAACCAACGGAGCAUGGACGGCUGGAAGCCGCAGGACAUGGAGCUUUAUAAGACGCUCCUCUGCGGUCUGCUGAUCAAGUGUGCCGACAUCAGUAACGUGGCGCGCCCGUGGGAUGUUGCGGAGAAGUGGACCCAGAUCCUGCAGGAGGAAUUCGCCAAUCAGGGCGAGAUGGAGAAGGAGGUCGGGAUGGAGACAGCGUUGUUCGGCGGUCCACCCGAACUGGGGAAUGUUUACAAGCUCGCCACCGGCCAAAUUGGAUUCAUGUCGAUCUUUGCCCUCCCUCUGUUCGAGGGCGUCUCGGACAUCCUCCCGGACCUGAAGUUCACAGUCGACCAUAUCCGCAACAACCAGUCCAGAUGGCAUUUCCUGGCCGACAUGGAGAAGAACCGGCAGGCACUACAAGCCGAUCUCCGUAUCGACGAUCUGGUCUCGCCCCGCACUCAGAGCCCCGUGUCGAGUCUGAGGGGUAAGCGCACACCGCUUGCGGUCAACAGCCCCAUCACUCCCCUCAUCAAGCCAGCUUUUCCGACUAGCGAGCCCGCUAGUCGGCGGCCAACUCCCGACGACUACUUUGGAGCGGUCCCGACGCCAGUGGCGGACUCGGAGGAGGCCCCCAGUGACUACAACGAGAACACCAUCAGCCCGGUUGUGUCCCCGGACACGCCGGGUCCUUCCAUGGACAUCACCGGCUACUCGCGGCCGCUGAACGAGGAUGUCUCUCGCCAAUCCUCCGACGUCAUUCCCGAGGAGAGCGACGACCCGACUCUGGAGCGUCCGAGUGUCGCUCUGGACGGUUGCUCGGAGCCAGCCCGUUCGCUGACCGACUCUACGGCCAUGGCAGCUGCCAUCUUGGCCAAUGGAUCGGGCGCCGAGAACGGAGACGCGUCUGGCUUCUCGAGCGCCCGCAACAGUUCGGUGGAGGGCUCGGCAGACCGACCGGGCAGUUCGCGACAACAUCGCCGCCAUCACGCAAACACGGGCUCCUCGGGACGCACGUCCGGGCCGUCGAACUCGCAGCGGAACAGCUGCACGCGAACCCACAGCGUCAGCACGUACAGCAACAACAUGACGCCCAUCUCGCCCUCCACCAACGCCACCAGCUUCCUCAGCGUGGAUAGCGACGAGAAGGGUCUCACGCGGGAAAGCAUCCGGAGUGACCAAGGGGACUGGGAACGGGCGCGCAUCCGGCCGGCCACCUCCAACCACGACUCGGCGACGACCGUCUACCCUACCGGGCGCCGCGCUUCCGAUCCGAACACAUACGACUCGGGGAAGAACCACAUGUCGGCGUCGCCCGUGGAGAACGGGACGGGCAGCUCUGGUCAAUCCACGAUGACGACGGGAAGCAUGAAACACGACGGUCAUGGACCAGGGUGGGACGAGCGCGCGGGGCAAGGCUUCCCCCCUCGCAAGCUGCCGAAACGUCGGAGUCGGCUUCGGUUGGCUUUCUGGAAGCGCCGAACGCACCACUCGCAUCAGCACGAGGUGAGCGGCGAGACAUGA